AUGGAAUUGGAAGCGCUCGAGAAGAAGAGAGAUGAGUUGGGUUUUCCUUUUGCUUUUCUUCCAUUAUGUGGAAAUGUGAGGUUUUGGGAUUUGGAUGGAACGAGUGGUCAAGAAAGACCAAGAUUUACACCUUUGUGUUGCUUCAGAGCCACUAUAUCCAAUAUGGCAAUAUCCAAUAUCCUUAGGCUGUCCCAAAGCGACGAAUCUACACUUCAAAUUUCCAAAUUUCGUAACCUUAACCCUUAUUUGAGCAAAUGUAGUGGAGGCAGACAGCUGAGCAUAUCGUGGAAAGAUUUUGCCGUUGCGGAAAAAAUGUGGUGA